GGUCUCCCACAAUACUGUGCAUUUUACUUCCCAAAACUCCCAGCCGGAAGAUUAAAAACAGAGAGGGGAAUAGAGAGUGGAGUGAACUGGCUGGUAGACUAACGUAGAGAGAGAGCAAUCGAGAGAAAGCAAAGGACUGAAAAGUGGAGAGAGAUAGACGGAUUGGGAAAGGGAGAGGGUAGAAAGAGGGACUGUCAUCUCCUCCAUGUGCUCCGGGAAUACAGGGUCAGAUUUGCCACGAUACCUGAAAUUCCUGGCGUUUGGAAAGUGAAAGGGCAGAUUAUUGAACAGAGGCGGACUCUGAUGGCUGCAGAGUGAAUGGGUUUCAGAAACUGGGACAGGGUGCUCUGCAUGAGGGGAGGGCAGCCCUCACUCAGAUAGGGACAGGGGAUAGAGUAAGGCAGCACUGAGGCAUGGCCGGCUCUGGGGACUGGGCACAUGAGUGGAGCAGGAUUGAGAGCACUAUCCGGGGGAGUUUCCGCCAGCUCCGGGAGAGGUACCUGCGGAGACCCAGGGCUCGGAAUGAGGAGCAAACCCUUUCCCAGGGAGAAUCGGAGCAGGGAACCGGGAACACCCUGCACAAGCUGCCGGCGGAGGUACAGAUGUACAUCAUGGGCUUACUAUCUCCCCGGGAUCUCUGCCAGCUCGGAUGUGUCAGUCGCUACUGGAAUGCCAUGGUUCAUGACCCCCUUUUGUGGCGUUACUUCCUGCUGCGGGACCUCCCUCACUGGGACUCUGUUGACCAUCUCUCACUGCCGGACGCAGCAUUACUGAAUAAAUCACUGACCGAAAACACGGAGCAUGACUACAUGACAGUGUAUUUAACGAGCUGCCCCGAGGGCAGAAAGCACAGGAGAGUGAGCCCCAGUGCCUAUAGCUCAGUCACCUCCUUGUUGUACUCACUGGUCUCUCAGACAGAGCCACGGUUUGCCAUGUUCGGGCCUGGCUUGGAGCAACUGGACAUCUCACUGGUCACGAAGAUGAUGAACUCACCGGGAAUGCUGCCUGUUGUCAGUCUACCACAGCGACAGAUUGAUGGAAUUGGAUCUGGAAUCACCUUCUUAUUCAAAAAUGAAUAUAAGUUUAACAUUCUGACUUUAUAUUCAACAACCUGGAAGGAACGAGAAAGUGCGAGACUCGAAGAGAAUGUGGCUGUCAACAGACUCUUUGUGGAACAGCGAGGUGCAGAAGGGAAGCAGGGUGAGGCAGCGAGAGCAGCUUACAGCAUCAUCCCUCAGGUCCAGAAUGUCUGCAGUGUGGUCAACGGCUUCAUCUACGUGACAAAUGCUGAAGGCAGGAGAAGGCAUGAGCGAGAGCAGGAAGUCCUCCAGAUUCAGGCCAUGAUUGAUCCAAGCCUGGGUGCUCGAAGCCGCCCCCUCCUGGUCUUGUGCUGUAUUUCACAGCCUGGUGUACAACGGAUACCAUGUGUUUAUGUGGCUCACCAGUUACAUUUGGGCCAGCUGGACCGAGCCUGGUUGGCCCAUGAUACAGAUGCAUUUUCGCUUAACGGCUUUCUUGACGGCAUUGAAUGGAUUCUGCGGGAAGUUGGCACCUUGUGAUCCACUGCAGCUGGGAGCAGGAUCCAUCCUUCAGGAAUGACAUUAUAUCCCAACAGCUUGGUGAACCCAAACACCCAUUUCCAACGGGAGAACUUACUCAUGACCGUGCAUUGUUGCCCAAGGAGGUGAAUUCCUCUGAUCUCUUGGUUAAUCAGUCGAUUUUGUCUUUCUGCUGAUUCCCACACUCUGCUGUAUCAGAUGGUUGUGUGGAUAAACAUUUGAGUGGGAAUUUUGCUGUGUUGGGCAGUAUUGAUUGGCUGGAUGGUAUGAAUAAAAAGCAUUCUAUGCCAUUAGUGGG